AGCAGGUGUGAGUUGUGUGACUGCAUUACUUCUUCCUUUGUUCUCAGUUAUGUCUGGCAAGAUGGCUGUGUGCAUCCCCAGAGGACUCUGUGCAGCAGCUGUGGUGGUGGUGGUGCUGAUGGUGUUCAACCCCACCCAGGGCAGAGACUCUCCACAGGAUUUCGUGUACCAGUGUAAGGGCCAGUGCUACUUCACCAACGGGACGCAGCGCGUGCGGGCUGUGGCCAGAUGGGUCUACAACCGGGAGGAGUACGUGCGCUUCGACAGCGACGUCGGGGAGUUCCGCGCGGUCACCGAGCUGGGGCGGCCCGACGCCGAGUACUGGAACGGCCAGAAGGACGUCCUGGAGCGCGCGCGGGCCGCGGUGGACACCGUGUGCAGACACAACUACGAGGUGAUGGAGAUCCCCGUUUCCCUGCAGCGCCGAGUGGAGCCUAUGGUGACCAUCGCCCCAUCCAGGACAGAGGCUCUAAACCACCACAACCUGCUGGUCUGCUCGGUGACAGAUUUCUACCCAGGCCAGAUCAAAGUCCGGUGGUUCCGGAAUAACCAGGAGGAGACAGCUGGCGUUGUGUCCACCCCCCUAAUUAGGAACGGGGACUGGACCUUCCAGAUCCUGGUGAUGCUGGAAAUGACUCCCCAGCGUGGAGACGUCUACACCUGCCAUGUGGAGCACCCCAGCCUCCAGAGCCCCAUCACAGUGGAGUGGAGGGCCCAGUCUGAAUCUGCCCAGAGUAAGAUGCUGAGCGGUGUCGGGGGCUUCGUACUGGGGCUGAUCUUCCUCGGGCUGGGCCUUUUCAUCCGUCACAGGAGUCAGAAAGGAACUCGUGGGCCUCCACCAGCAGGACUCCUGCACUGAUUCCUGAGAAUGUGUCAUCUGAAAUUGGCGAUCACCUUUUUUGUGAGGUCCGCCUGUCCUUGCUCAGAGUUCUGAGCCUGUCUGUGCCUCUCUGAGAUUAGAGUCCUGCAGUGGCUCCAAUGCAGCCCCCGGCUCAUGCCUGUGGCACCCUCCCCAAGGAUCUUCCUGUGAUUCUGCUCCUGCACUGACCCUGGAGUCUCUGCCUGUGCACUGCACAGCAUCUACUCAAACCCCACGGUUUCCUCUGUUUCCAUGUCUCCCACAGACUGUUCAAGACAUGCAUUGAAACUAUUUGCCUGGCUGUACAGCUUUUUUUAUUUUUAUAAUUAAACAUGAUUC